AUGUGCAAGAGGGCCGGAUAUGAGUUUGUGCCGGUUGAUAUGAGAUGGGGAAUAACAUCUGAGAUGUCAUCUAACGCGGCUACCAUUGAGAUCUGUCUUCGUGAAAUGGAUCGGUCUGAUAUGAUCGUGGGUUUCUUUGGUCAAGUAAGAAGAAAUGCUUAAGUUAAAUGUACAAGCCACAACAUAAAAAAUUACAAAUAAGCUACAUGCAGCUCCGCCUCUUGACCAAAGUUGCGUGUAUUACUAGGUGGUUACCAAGGGGAUGGGAGGGGAGUCAAUGAAUUGAAUUGUAGCCUUGAGCCCUGAAUAUAAGAAUAUGGUAAUAUUGGAAUGGCCUAGAACAACAGUUAUUUCUUAAACCUGUUUACUAGAUGCGAACGUAUGCCAUUUAGCUCGUGGGGCAGAUUCCAUCCAUAGCACUGCCAAACAAUAAAAGGUAGAAAACGUUUCAGCCUGCGGAACCUUUGGCAGUUUUGAAGCCGUUUUCAACUGAGUUUUAGCAAGGAGGCAAGGGUUAGAGCGCGUUAAAUGGAUGUUCAGGCCUUACAACUAAAUAAUACUUCCGUCGGUAAUCAGGCCAAAAAAAGGCACAUAAUCUUAUCUUGUUGAAGUUGCAUAAUUUUUGAUGACACUUUUAACUGUUUUUCAGCGUUAUGGUUGGCAUGGAUUUGAUAAUCUGUUGCAGAAAAGUUUUGAUGUUGCAGCUGUUAAGUAUCCCUGGUUGAACGACUACCGCGAGCGAGCCGUGACCGAGUUAGAAUUUUUACAUGGUCACCUAAGAAACCCUGGGAAGAGAGCUGCUUGCUUCUUCUUCAGAGACAAGGUUGGUAUGCGUUUUCUAAUAAUCAAAAAAGCCAUGAUGAAUAUUAAAUUUAAAAACCUUCAGGUGAGCAUACUUGUUUGGACGUGGCACUUGAACUAUGAACCUUUCUUGAUUAAUGAGGACAUUUAUUCUUGAGUUAUCAGAAAUGCAGUCAAUCGUAUGAAUUGUUGCUUUUUGUUGCAAAUAAGAGAAUUCGUUGUUACACAAAUAAACUUCAGAUCCAUCAUAGCUAAUAUUAGGUUUGCUCUCUAUCUAUCACGUCAGGUGCAGCGUUAAAUUCAUUUUCAUGGGUAUAGAUCUCAACGAUGAAGCAUUAAACCUUUUUCGAACAGUUCAAAUCAGUAGAGUGAAAAUAUUUUGGUGUGCAUCUGUGCAGUAGCUUCUCCAUCCCUCCACUCAUUCAAUUAAUGCAAAGUAUGUUUAUGUAAGGCAAUAUGACUGACAACGUUACAAAAAUUACAGUCCUACGACGACUUGAAGCUACAGCUAGCUGAAGAAGCUGGUGAUAAAAGACAGGCGAGGAAGUUUCUUUCAUCGACAGAUGGGCCUAAGGCUGCGGAGUUUUUAGCGGAUUUGAAGAGGAGAGUUCUCGAAACUAAAGACAAAGUAAAUAUUUUCCUCUGAUAAAAUUGUGUUUCUAUAAGUGUUGUCGGAUAGAGUUUUGACUUGAAAAGUGAUUACCGUGAUUUGGAACUUCAUACUCAUGGUAAACACUUUCCAACCCAAAUUAAAAUGACUUUCAAUCGAUCUCUCGUGACUGUUUCAGGUUUUAUCUUUUCAAGAUUUAGAUUUUGGAUUUAACAGGAUAAUCAAAAACUGUUAGUUUGAUCUAACGUUGUCUACAUAAGAGAAAUAGGCGGGAAGAUUCCUAAUCUAGAAGUCUGAAGAAAGCGAUCCUUUGCCUUUGUGGGUCAUUAUUUCACUUUCUUUCGAUGAAAGCUUGAUGAAAGACGAUGGACGAACAUUCAGAGGAACUUAACGAAAUGAGGGGGUCAGGCUGAUCAACUGGGAUAGACUAACGAAUCUUGUUUGAGAAGUUAUAUCCUCUUGUUUUCUUCAACUUUAUCUUUAAUUUCUUUUCCUAGUGCUUGGCUGUCCAUAUGAACUACAAGAAUCCACAAGAAGGAGCCAGGCUAAUGUACGAGACAAUAGAGAAGUUUCUGAAAGAAGAGAUCCUAGUUCGCUCUGUUCAGAAGCUUUCCCCUUUAGAAGAGGAGCGCCUUCAACAUGACCUGUUUAGGGUUAGCAGACUUGCUAUGGGCGGUGUGUUUGUGGGCGGGGAAGACUAUUUACAAAAGAUUGAUGAUCACGUCAAUUUGCGAAGCAAAGAGGGGAGUCCUAAAUAUCUUGUUGUGACGGGAGAUGGAGGUAAGACCACAGUAACUAUAGGACCUUUUCCAAAGACGUACCCGCGAGAUUAGCCGAACCCACCCAAUCCUAUUUGAGAGACUAUCUUUAUCAUAUUUACGAAGUUUAUAUAAAAAUACUCGCCACUUAGAAUCUUAAAUAUUUAGCUAUCAAUUAUUGGCGUUAUGUAUGACCAAUAUCUCGCGUCGUUAUGAAGUUUUCAGAAUAUUUGCGCUUUGUAGUUGUAAGAUUUGUGAAACAACGCCGAUUUUUUUGGUUAGAUAAUUCCUAAGAGAUGAAGCAAUAGUGUCGAUGAAGACAAUUUUUGAAUGACAUGGAGUGCGUUGAUGUUAUUUUCUUUGGAGAACUAGAGUUCAAAACUAGAGGGCAAACUAUGGCAUUUGGCACUUAAUAAACUUUUGGUUGAUGUGGUCACUUACUUCUCUGCGACACAUGUUUCGUCCUUUUUCUCCUACGAUAGUGACCCAAUACGUAAGUUGACGCAGAUAUUUUGAAAGUCGAAUUUUUAAGGUUUUGAAUAUCUAGAGUCUCAUGUUGAACACAUUUCCAAUUUAUAGGUUCUGGAAAAUCAUGUUUGUUGGGAAGCUGGUCCUUGCACCACCAAGAAAAAUUUCCCAACGACGCUGUUGUUUAUCACUUUGUGGGUAGUUCUAGUGGAAGCACUGGUGAGGAAUCUUCAUGUACGGACACACAAACAAAACAAACACACAAUGAAAGAAAGAGAAGCAAAUAAAGAGAAAGCUGAGGGUGCAAGAAAAAUAAAACAAAAUCUGAUAUCUUUUCGUUGAUACAGUCUCACAAGCGUAAAAUUUUAGUUCGACUUAUUAUUGUGAUUGCCAUUUCGAAAAAAUAUUUCAGAAUCCUCGUACUUUGUACAGGUUAUAACAUGAUUUCGAGUCCAAUUUGGUGUUAAUAAGCAGGAGUAAAUUUCAAAGACAACAAAAUAGUACAAGCCCGUAAGGUGAGUGCAAUUCGUAGUGUUUGAAAAAUUUGUAAGUGCUAAUUUACACCAAAUUGCACGAGAACCUAUGUUGUUACUUAUUAAUAACUUACAUGAAAAAGCAUAACAGAAAGUAAGCCGGACGAAAUCUUGACAGCACGCGCACGCUAUUUGUAAUUUGCACUCAUGUUACAACUUUGGACUCGUGUUACAUAAAGAGAUGUACUCGUUUUCAGCCAAUCGGACGCCCGUAAUUUUUUCAUGUAUUUUAUUAGCUUUGUAAUCCUUUAAUUACGAUUGCACUCUUUGAAGAGCCAAGGAAGAUACUGAAGCGCCUCCUGGAUGAGCUUAUCAGCUGGUUCAAGCUAAAGAUGUCUAACCAGAAGGAAACAGGUAAAGAGAACUUCACAGGAACUGGUGGUGGAGAUAUUCGCAUUCUUAUCGAAGACCUGUCGGAAACCGUCACGAAUAUUACUAAAGCAGGCUUCCGCACUAUCAUCUUAAUUGAUGCUCUUAACAAAGUCGAUGACAUUGGAAAAACCAACAAGGUAAUUAAUUUGACAAGCUCUCUAACCGAAAAUUGAUCCUACAAAACUAAUACUAGAAACAGCGAGUCGAUGAUCCAGCAAACAACAAGUGACCAUUUACAUGCAAUGAACAAACCAACAAGUGACUUUGACUAGACGAAAAUUACGGCGAAGAUCGAUAUUUUGGUUUUAUCAACUGAAUUGAUGAUGUAAAUUGACAGAUAGAUAAUCAGAUUGAGAGACGAAAAAAGGUAUUGAAAGUAAUACAUAGGAAUUCUUGAUUUAAUCAAUAAUCUUGGUUUACAUACUAUCCUUUAGAUAUUACAUUGGCUUCCAAGAGCACUGCCAUCCAAUGCAUACCUCAUAGCAUCGGUAAUUUCUGCCGAAGUCCAAAUGGUCACUGAACUCACUGAAGAAAGAGGUUAUGCUACCAUCAAUAUGGCGUCAUUAACUGAAAAGGAAAGGGAACAAAUUGCAGUAGUAAGUCUAACAAAGUGAGACCUUGUGCAUCUCUCACUCCAUAGUCGCAAGGACAAAAUUAUAGGUUACCUCCAACGUGACAGACUCAUCCUCUAAGUCUUCCUCUAUAAAAAGCCAGACCUUAGGCAAAGCUCAAAAGCGGAAAUUUUGACUUCAGAUGUCCUUUAAUCUCAUCCAUUUCAUUUUAUUUUCAAGGCAACCCUAAAAGUCCGAGGAAAAGCUUUAUCGUCCGAGCAAAAGAAGAAAGUUGUACAUAAGACGCAAACAGAAAACCCUCUGUACCUGAAAAUUUUACUGGAGGUAUGUGAGGUUUUGCUCCAGUGGCUCCUGUGAUAGUUUACCACAACCACCUUUGAUACCUUAGUGUGAUAAUUAUAUCUAAGUGGGGCCUAGAUAAUAACAUGUUCGCACAGAGGAAUCGGAAAUUCCCUUAUUUUGUUACUACGACUCGCAUAUGGUAGGAGAAGUUUCAUCAAAUUCAUGAAACAAGGCGCGUAAUAGAGAGGGAGAGAGAGGUAAUGAAGAAAUAGACAAAUACGAUUGGAUGCAUAUAUUUUAAGAGAGCCAUUACCAUUUGACAUAGCUUGAGGUUCAUUUUUUCUUUAGGAAUUGUGCAGCUUUGGAGAGUUCUUUCAACUAGACGCACAUCUUGAUUCCUUACUGGAAACGAAAGAGUGAGAAAAAGUUUACUUUCAAUGUAUUUUAUUACUUUUACUUUACUACUAGUUUUAGGUUCUGAAUUUGAAUUAAGUGUGGUAUAUUUCUUUUAUCUUUCAGUACAAAAGAACUCUUUUAUAAAUGUUUACAGCGGCUAGAAGUGGACUAUAACCCUAAAGAAUAUGAUGGGAAUCUGGUCAAAGACGUGUGUAACAAACCGAUUUUUUCUUUGUUCUUGAGAUGAAUUGGAGGAGUGAACAUGGAAAAGUAGAUUAUUAAACAGCGCUUUUUCAAUUUCUCAGGUGAUGUGCUGUAUAUUGGUGGCUCGACAAGGACUUUCUGAGACAGAGAUCAAGUCUAUCCUCAAGAUAACGGACCAAAUGUGGUCUACCCUUUACUUCGCCAUAGAAGAAUUCAUUUUGGAGCGAUCAGGGAUUUACAGGUAACUUAAGUGUGCGGUUACUGAAUCAUAUUUGGACUCUUAUUUUUAACUUAGAAUGAAGAUGUAAAGAUAUAUAUAAAGAAAGUCGCUUUUCCAGGAACAGUCUGGGUUACCUGCACCAUUAAUUUGCUUUCAGCGGUUUCCCCCAAAUACAGUAUAUUUGCUUGUAUCACCCUGUAAGUUUGUGAUCAGGAUCCCCCAGUAUUUGGCACUCGUUUGCACGUAAAUGCAUCUUAAAACACCAAAUUAUUACCGGUGGACCGUUGCUCGCCUUUAGUGUUAGUUUGUUGUCGUAUCAAAUACCAUGCGAGGGUACUUAAGACAUUUACUUUGAAAAUUGAUUAUCAGCAUGCUCAUUUAUGUCACCUUGAUUUCCAUAGAGGGGACGAAGCAUCAAGCCUUUCAUUGAUUUCACGUUAGCUGAAUCGACUGAGAUAUCGGCUAGUCUCAUAACCAGACCUUCCACGGCCAAGUGGUUGUUAUGAUAGGAUCUGGCUCAAAUAAAGUCUGUUACUUCACGCGCACUACCCCCUUCCACAAAUUCCCACAGUAAAUUUCACUAAAAAAAUUUUAAGCGACCUCUUUUUUUUGUUUUUAUACCACGAUUGCAUCUUCUUGUUUAAAGGUUUACCUAUGACGAAUUGUCACAAGCGGUUAAAGAGAAAUAUUGCAUGGACAAGUCAACUACCAUUCAUUACAUCAUAUUAUUGGUGGAUUAUUUUGGAGCAAGACUAAGGGUGAGAGAGCAAAGCUUUUUGACAACGUUUUUAAACGAUGUCUCCUGAAUCGUCUUGUUAUUUCACUGUACUUUUCAUCAUUAUUAUUCUUUUGACGAUAGGAGAAAGAUUUGGUUUACGAUACUACAAUACCAGACCGCAUUUACACGGAGCUCCCAUGGCUUUUAGUAAAGUGUGGAGAGAAAGAUCGUCUUAUCAAGUGUCUCACAACUGCUUCGAUAUUCUGGUCACUCUUCAGGUUUGUAUUUCCUUUUUCAAGCUAUUGCUCAGUUCAGAACCCAUGAUUUGCCACCAUAUGAAUGUUUUUCGCAUUUUCCCACGAAAUCCUAAAAUUAAAUGCAAUCCAUGAUAAAACACAUUUCAAACUUAUCCAUGCUUGAUUCUUUUCCACGAUUUAUAUGAAGCAUUUCUGAUUCAUUUUUAGCGAUGAAAAUAAUUACGACCUGGUUAGCUACUGGAACGCAACCGGUUUAACAGGAGAAGAAAUAACGGCUUUGUAUCAAAAGACGCUUAAUGAUCAGCUUGCACUUUUGUAUCUCAAAGAACAAGAGAAAGGAGGAGAAAUGAUCGAUGCUGUUAAAAAGGUACUAAAAGGAUAUCAUGCACGAUGUUAAUGUGUUACAUACAAAGAAAGUUAUUUUAAUUUCACAAUUUGGAUAAUGAAGAGGUAAAUUCAACUUUUACCAAAGAAGAAAGAAGAGGAAUCAAAUAGGAUCUUUGAAAAAAAAAGGGUUUAAACGCUACAUUUGGAUUACUGUUGGGUUUAGACAUAAAUCGUUGAUGAGCCUUGGUCUUUACAUCCAUAUCCAUCCCAACUUGGACGAACGUAGCAAAAGAAAAGCUUUCCAAUUAUGAAAUUUUUUUUUUUCACUAUUCUUGAUGAUUUUUUUUCAACAUCAUCCAACCAAGAGAAUUUAUAUUUAUCUACUCAACCAGACGGAAGAAUUAUCGUCUGUUUGAACUCUGUUUGAUCUAUGUCACCUUUAAUUUCAGCUUGCCAAGUUAGCGUUCCAAAUGUCUGUGUACCAAGGUGAUGCAGGGAAUAUGACAGCUGUUGAACCACUUCUCCAGAGAGCAUUGUACCUGCAGGCAAGCAGUAACUUAAAUACAUGAUCGGUUUCUCUUUUUCCUGGCUAGUUUGCUGAAGAGCUGGUUAUAUCACCCCUAGUCCCUGUGAUUUUGCUCUUUCCUAAGAAUUUGGCUUUUAUAUGUCCUUGAGGAUCCCGAGUUUGAUGUACUAUCAGGUUUUUUCUGCAAUUUAGAAGUUUUAUUUCAUGUGUUUGGUUAGAAGUCCCACGCGAGGCCGUCCACUCGGAUCGAUCAUGGGCAAGCAAAAGGAGGGGGCUAGGUGUAGGGGGUGCACCGCCCACUGCAGUUCAUGUUAGUUUUUCGACUGAAAGUUUUAUUCAUCAUCGAGUUGAGGAUCAUAACGAAGUAUAUUUAAUCAUUCCCCUCGUUUUAUUGCAGAAGUCAGCUUAUUCAGAAGAAGAGAUCCGUCGAGAUGCAAAAGUAGCAAUGGAUUAGCUUGCCUGCUUGUGGAUACCGAGCAUUUUGAUGAAGCCGAACCUUUGCACAGGGAAGUCCUCGAGCUCAGCAAAAAGUAUGCAAAGAUAGGCCGUAAAUUUAUUCACCAUGUUGAAACUUGUGACACAUAACUUAUCCUAUAAAUCGCUUGUGACGCAUUACGCUAAACUAUCGCUUUGGUCCCCUAAGAAUUCCUAGUCGCUUGGUUAAUAGUACUUCACUGGGAAACAGUAAAUAGGUCGAGUCCCCGGGGAAACUCAGAUUUCUCUUUGUCCCGCGAAGUUGUCGCAGAUCUUUCUAUUUUGUGACUUGUUCAAAUUGUAGUAAUUCCUUUGUUUGGUGACUGGAUCAGGUUUGCCGAUGAAUGGCCAAAUGGGUGGUCAAGAGUAGCAACUUCAUUAAACGGUCUAGGAGUGCUAUAUUACAAGACGAACAAAUUCCAAGAGGUAUGUACGACUUAUCUUUAUUUAGCCUGUAGUCUAAAUUGCUAAUAAUUGGAAUCCGGAGGGUAAUUUUUACCUAUUUUUGUGUUCUAGGCUUUGGAAUAUUACAAUAAAUGUCUUGAGCUUCACCGACAAACCUUGGAACCGACCCAUCAUCUGAUCCCCGACACAAUGAACAACAUUGGUGCUUUGUAUAAGUCUAUGGAACGUUGGGAGGACUGUGCCAAAAUUCUCGAGGAAGCCCUAGAAGUAAGGAUAAUUGAACCUAUUAACGAUCUAAGGAGUGUGUUUGUAUCCCAGUUUCGUUUUGUGAUACACUAUUUCAAUAGAAAACAAACAAACAAGAAAUAAAUUAAAAGAAAAAAUAAACCUCAAAAAGAUUUCCCCUUCACUGUAAAUAGAGUUUAUGACGCUUUCCUUGCUUUAGAAAAUAUUUCUUUGCGAAAGUCCAAUGCUUCAAUGGCUUGGAUCUCAAGUUCGAUGUAAAUUGACUAGCGUAAGGAACUUUUGAUGUUUUACAAUGGGAUAGUUCUUAUCCAAGAAAUCCUGCAUUCUUUAAGGAGUAUUUCCUUUUACUUUGUUUGUUUUGCCUCUCAUAUAAUAAUUAAAAGAUGUACGAAGAAGCAUAUUUUGGCCAGCUUCCGCCUGAUGUGGGUGGUACCUUGUUGAAUCUUGGUAUGGCUUACUUGAGGAUUUACGACAGGAGCAAAGCUGAGCCAUUGUAUCUAAGGUAAACUUGCAAUUGCCUUACUUUGUUUUUGCUCGUUCGUCGUUAUGGUGUCAUUGCUAUACAGAGAUCAUGAAUUAACUGGAGUAUUUAACUUUGACAAAGUUGGUGGCAUUGGUCACGCGACAGCUUUUAAUCUGGGGGUACUCCUGGCAAAUCUUAGUCGAAGUGUGCCGCCCAAUUCUCAAAAUCCACACCCGUUUUCAAAUUGGCUUCUGAACCCCUUACCUUUACUUUGUAAAUUCAGCUCUAAUGAUAUAUAUUUUAAUUGAUUGUCCUUCCCUGUUAUUGCUUCGGUGUUGAGAAGAAUAUAUUACACAUAUUUCAGAGCUUUGGACAUCCGCACUAAAGCUUAUGGACCGAACCAUCAUGACGUAGGUCAGACGUUACUUAGUUAUUCUUCCUUUCUACUCAAUUUGGAUGCUAUCAAGUCAGCUGAAACCGCCAUACGAGCGGCGGAAAUCUUAGAGGUAAACUGACGGACGCUAGUAUCAUUAUUAGGCAUGCAACGGGAGAAGCAAAGUUUUCGAUGUUAAUUUGAUGUCUCGAUGAUGCUUUCAUUCGGUCAUUAUAAGGACAUAGUGUUUGGUAGCAACCCCGUCCAGCGAAUGGUGGAUUGAAGAGUUUCAAAUGUUGAUCUCAUUUUAGUUUACUACAAAUAAUUCCAUACGGCGAAUUUUGGUUUACUUCAGAGGGAGAGGCGAUUUCCUCUUUCUAGUAAAUUUAGCUUAGCUAAUAUUCAAUGACUCAAAAAUACGAGAAAGCACAAAGAUCUUCGCAUUCCAACCUCUCUUCCCCCCCCACCUCCCCUUUCUUUCAGCCACCGAAGGCACAAGUCUUGACAUUUCUCCUAGAUAUUUUUGGUUAACCUUUAAUUCGAAAAAGGCAGCCAUAGUGACGCCUUGGUUACUAGGUGAUGAAGGCUUAAUCUUUUAAGAUUUAAAAAUCCUAAUCUUGACUAUUAACGGAACUGAAGACCUUUUAGACUGUUUAAACGGGCUUAUUAUGAAAAUACCUUCAUGAAAUGAGGUCUCACAUAUAAUCAUAUCCGUUGCUGUUUUCUUUUCUAGAAAUCUUUAGGUCCAGAACAUAUUUUUACAUUGAACGCUCAGGAGAAUGUAGCGCUCGGCUAUGCAGUGGCUGGAAAAUUUGAUGACGCUCAUCCGUAUUUCAAGAAAGCAGGUUCAUGAUUCAGUAUGAUUUAUCUCCAACGCUAUGGCUUGUGGCUUUUGUUGCCGAACUUUUUGGCUUAAAGCCUGCUAGUUUAAGUUUAAAGGAUUCAGUGAUGAGAAAGAUUUAACGCCUUCAGAAUGACGGUAAAUGGGAUUUACGAACUAGUGACAUACAAUAUUAACGGAUUAAGGAUGAAAAAAGAAUCAUCAAUUACACAACUUGAUACGUUUUAAAGUUCGAUAAUCGGCCUUCGCAACCACAUCGGAUGUUGAAACCAGACCAGCGACCAGCAAUAGCGCAUAACAUGAAUUUCUCUCGAGACAGAUAUAAUAGUACAGCUAAGCUCAUUAAUUUUCGCUCUAUACAUUCUUGAUAUUUUUUUCAACGCUAGAUUGUCAGUGUUUUACCUAAAAUGAAAAGAACUCUCUUUUUCUUUUGAGGAGUGACCAAAUACCGAAAGGGUCAAAUGAAUACGUCAAUUCCUCCGCUGAACGCAGGCAUGGCAGAUUAUUACCUCAACAACGGCCAUCAUGAGGAGGCAAGACAGUUAUUCGAAAGACUGGUAAAUUAUAUAAUCAUAAUUAUUUUAAAACUAUAAUUGACUUCAAACAAAUUAGCUCCUAUUUCUCCUUCUUAAAUUUAUUCAAUUGCGGCAUUCCUGACGAACUUUCUAGAAGAUCGGGCUUUAAAUGUUCUAGAAUGUCAGGAACUUAAAAUUAAAAAAAAAAAAAAAGCUUAAAAUGAUUCUUGAUUCUACUGACUAAUUCCUCUUACUUUUUUAAUUUUUAAUUUUUUGUUUGUUUGCUGUUUUCAGGUAGGCACAGAUUUUGCCUCAGACAGAGAUUUCGCUGCUCUAGACUUUUUAGAUGAAGAUCUACUUGGAGAUAAAAGGCUUACGAGACCAUAUGAGGAAACGGUGGAAUAUGGCAUUGAAAAGUAAAAAUUAUUCCUUUGGUCGAUACGGCCGGGGGUGGUCAUUUUUUUUUUUUGCCUCGAGGUUAGAAAAGCCCUAUGAUAAUUUAAUACUUUAGGAGAUUUGCCGCCUGAGUCUCCAAAUCCACACUCGUUUUAAGACUUGGCCCCUAAAUUCCACUUAUUGACGUUGAAAAUUCAGCUCUAAUGAGAUAUUAUAAUUAUUUUUUCUAAAGAAAGACACCGAAAUUUUACUGAGAGUACUCUUGGUUGCAGGUUCCCCAAAAGCGCAAUGAUUUUUGGGCGAUUGCUUCCAAAAUUAGCUAAAAGUGGAGACUCGCAGAGAACGUUAAUGAUUUUAGGAAAAGGUGAUUUUGGUCCCGAGAAGUACAAUGAGUCAUAUCUGAGUUUUAUUGAAAAUCAGCACAGGAAACAAGGCCUUGAUGUAAUCCAGUCUGCGCACGAGAAAUUUCCAAGUGAUACGGUACGUUACUCAGGUCUGAUGCCUAGUGGUUCUAACAAUCAUUUUGGAAUAGCGAGAGUCUCUAUAAUAAAUGUCAUCAGUCCUAAGGCCAAUUCCAAGGAAUUGCUCCUAAGGCAGACUCUAGUUAAGAGUAACAUUUCUAUGGAUGAUGCUCUUAUCAUCUCCAUAUCAUUUGAGUUCUUUUUUUGUUAUAGUAUAUUCCUGUUUUCAACAGUUACCUUAAUUCUGUCAUUCUAUUCACUCAAAGAUAAUUCUUGAGAACUUAGCCAAGUGCCACGCCUUUUAUGAGGACUUCGUUACAGCCUCAACAUACUUCAAAAAGCUACUCAACUUGAAAACCGAUGAUGCCAGUGUCAUGGCUACUUAUGGGAGAGUUUUAGCUAUGACAGGAAAGACAGAAGAAGCCAAAAAAAUGUUCGAAAAAGGAUUAAACUGCGCCGAGGCUCAAAAUGAAAAACAACUUAUUGAGCAGGUUUGUAUUCAGAAGUAUUGUUUUAUCUAUCGGAGAAAGCUGCCUUAUGAGAACUAA